AACUUUAAUGCAUAGGGAUCCUUUGCUGAAGCCUAAAGAAAGCACAAGAUCCUUUGCUUAUGCCUUCAAUUUGGUGUUGAUGUGGAAAUCCUUUGCUUAGCUUCUCAUCAUUUUCAUCUCUAGCCAACUUAACAGGAACUCAUCACUAAGCCUCUCACACAUUCAGAAAUGGAUACAAAGAACUGUUUAUGGCUGUCUUGUCUCAUCACACUUGCUUCAAUUCUGCUCACCUUUCUUGUGUUCAUUAAGAAGAAGACCAGGAACACUUCAUUAGCACCUUUGAACAAUUCUUCAUUGUCCACCUCUCCACCUGUAGGAUGGGACUAUGAAGUGUUCUUGAGCUUCAGAGGUGAAGACACCCGUAAAACCUUCACUGACUUCCUCUACAAUGACCUUGUGGACGCAGGAAUUCGGACGUUUAGAGACAACAAUGAUCUUCCCAUUGGAGAGAAGAUAGGUCCUGAGCUUCUCAAGGCAAUAGAACACUCAAAGAUAUCCAUCCCUGUCUUUUCCAAAGACUAUGCUUCAAGUAAGUGGUGCUUGAUUGAGCUCACCAAGAUGGUUGCGUGUAGGAGGACAUCGGGGCAAAUCAUAAAACCCAUUUUCUACGACGUGGAACCAUCCGACGUGCGAAAUCAGAAGGGGAGUUACAAAAAGGCCUUCCGGGAACACAAGAAGCAUUUUGAUAGUGCUACGGUGGAGGGGUGGAAGGAAGCCUUGAGGGAGGUUGGGGAAUUGAAGGGAUGGGAAGUGAAGAAUGUUGCUGAUGGGCAUCAAGGAGAACUGGUAAAGAGGGUUGUUUUAGAGGUGUGGGGAGAGCUGAAAAGGAACUCAUUGGAUGUAAAUAAAUGCUUAGUUGGAAUUGAUGAUCAUGUAGAAGAAAUGAUGAAAUUGUUAAGUGUUAAUUCCAGUGAUGUAAGGAUUGUGGGAAUCACUGGCAUGGGAGGAAUUGGCAAGACCACUAUAGCCAAGGUCAUCUACAACCAGCUCUCCCAACACUUUGAAUCCUGUUGCUUCCUUCCAGAUGUAAGAGAAACAGCACAACAACACAAUGGUCUUGUUCAUUUGCAAAACCAACUUAUAUCUAACAUCUUAAAACGGAGAUGCGUUGACAUUAGUACUGUGGAUGAAGGUAUUAACAUACUCAAAGUCAGAUUUUCUGGGAAGAAAGUUCUUGUUGUCAUUGAUGAUGCGGAUCAAAGAAUUCAUCUUCAUGCACUUGUGGAAAAGUGUGAUUGGUUUGCUUCAGGAAGUAGGAUAAUUGUCACAACUAGAAACAAAGAAAUUCUAAAUCUGCCGGAGGUAGAUUGUAGGACUUAUGAACCAAAGGAAUUGGAUUAUAAUCAAUCUCUUCGACUUUUCAGCCGACAUGCUUUUAGAAGGGAUCAUCCUCCACAAGACUAUGAUACUCUCUCUGUAGAUGUUGUGUCCACUACUGGAGGGCUGCCUUUGGCUCUUGAGAUUAUUGGUUCUUUUUUAUCUGGCAAGAGAAAAGAUGUAUGGGAAGGUACAUUAAAGAUGUUGAAAGUAAUACCGGAUGACCAAGUGAAGAAAAAGCUGAGAAUAAGUUACGAAGCAUUAGAUUAUGUACAACAGCAGAUAUUUCUCGAUAUAGCAUGUUUUUUAAUUGGAGUGGAUAGUAGAAUUGCUUUCCAUAUGUGGGAUGCCUGCAAUUUUUAUCCGGAAUUUGGGAUUGAAGUUCUUAUUCUCAUGUCCUUGGUAAAAAUUGGAGAAGACAAUGAGCUAAGGAUGCAUGAUCAGCUUAGAGACCUUGGUAGAGAUAUUGUCCGUCAAGAAAAUUUUAUGGAGCCGGAGGAGCGUAGUAGGGUGUGGUUUCAUGAGGAAGCCUAUGAAAUAUUGGAGAGUCAUUCGGGAACAAGAAAGAUUGAAGCUGUUUGUGUUGACUUUCGAUCAGAGUCACUGGCAUGCUGUUUAACAAAUGAAGCAUUUGGAGGCCUAUCUAAUCUAAGGUUCCUUCAAAUGGACUAUGCAAACCAGCUAAAUGGAGAUUUUAAGGGUCUUCUUUCAAAGUUAAGAUGGCUUCACUGGAAUGGAUGCCCUGAAAUUUUUAGACCAAACAAUUUUCAUCUAAAGAAUCUGGUCAUUCUUGAUUUAUCAUGGAGCAAGAUCACAGAAGCCUGGGAGGGUUGGGAUCAUAUCAAGAUUGCAAGAAAGUUGAAAGUUCUAAAUCUCACGGGUUGCAGAUACAUGGUUAGAACUCCUGACUUCUCCGCAUAUGCAACUUUAGAAAGAUUGAUUCUUGAAGAAUGUGAGAGUUUGGUUCAUAUUGACCCAUCAAUUGGGUAUCUCAAGAGCCUAGUUUUCUUAAAUGUAAGGAAAUGUUUUAAACUCAACAGGUUGCCUCUGGAAUUUGGCUCUCUGGAAGCUUUAAAGGAGCUCCUCAUUGAUAAUACUCCUAUACAAGAAGUCCCUAUUGGUAGAGGUGAUAUGAAGAAGCUUGAAACUAUUAGUGCCACUUUUUGUGGUUCAUUGACUCAAAUUCCUACCUCAAUUGGUCAUCUAAAAUCUCUGUCGGACCUUGCAUUUGAUUUUACAAAUAUCACUGAACUACCUGACUCAAUUGGUUCGCUAGUGAAAUUGCGACGCUUGUCGCUAGUGAAAUGCAGAUUAAAAGAACUUCCAGACUCCAUUGGGAAAUUAGAAUCAUUAAUUGAGUUGCGUUUUUCAGGAGCAAAAUUUACAGAAUUACCUGAUACCAUUGGCAACCUAAAAUGUUUGAGAAUUCUUAAUAUUCAUCAGUCUUUCAUAGUGAAGCUACCUAGUUCCAUCGGAAUGUUAUUGAAAUUAGAAGAGUUAGAUGCCUCGUAUUGUUUCCGUUUAGAAGGCGAUAUUCCCAGUUAUAUUGAGAAACUAUCCUCUCUGAGAAUCUUAAGACUUAGUUGGACAAAUAUCUGUAGCCUACCAACAAGCAUUUGUAAGAUUUCUCACCUCCAAACCCUUGGAUUACAGGGUUGCGAAAAGCUUCAGUUUCUGCCAGAGCUUCCCUCUAGUUUAGUGAGUCUAAAAGUCACUUGCAUGUCAAAGGAAUUUCUAAACCUUUCUAGCCUGGUGAACCUAAAGGAGUUGGAAAUUUUUAACUGCUCUAAGCUGUUGAAAAUUCCUGAAGAUAUUGGGAAGUUAGCCAAACUGGAGACCUUGACUUUGUCAUAUAUUGACAUUAGCAGCCUGCCAAUGGAGCUUGGUGCCCUUUCUCGGCUUACAGAACUCACUGUUCGAAAUUGUGAACAACUUGAAUGCCUUCCAACUCUUCCCUCAAGUCUAAUCAUACUGUGUCUUCAAUAUUGUGAGUCAAUGAAGAGGUUUUCAGAUAUGUCAAAUUUGAAGAACUUAUCAGAACUAAAACUUUACCAAUGUUCAGAGUUAACAGAGAUUCAAGGUCUUGGAGGAUUAGAACUCCUAAUAGAUUUGAAUGUAUGUGAGUGCAAAUCACUAGAAACAUUACCCAAUCUUUCAAACUUGGAAAUGCUGAAAGAAUUACAGCUCACGAAGUGCCAGAAGCUACAUGAAAUUGAGGGUCUUGAGGCUUUGAAAUCAUUGAGGAAGCUGGACUUGUCAUAUUGCACAGCCUUGGAGAGGAUACCUGAUCUGUCGAGACUUGCAAAUUUAAAGGAAUUGAGACUUUUUUACUGUGAGAAACUUAGUGAGAUUUGGGGACUCGAAGAACUGAAACUCUUAACAUUGCUGGACUUGUCAUCGUGCACAGCCUUGGAGAGGAUAUCUGAUCUUUCGAGACUAGCAUAUUUAGAGGUAUUGGCACUUUGUAAGUGUGAGAAACUUACUGAGAUCUGGGGAAUUGAAGAACUGAAAUCCUUAAGAUUGUUGGACUUGUCAUGGUGCACGGCUUUGGAGAGGAUACCUGAUCUGUCAAGACUAACAAAUUUAGAGGAAUUGCGACUCCGUGAGUGUGAGAAACUUAGUGAGAUUUGGGGACUUGAUGAACUGAAACUCUUAAAAUUGCUGGACUUGGCAUCGUGCACGGCCUUGGAGAGGAUAUCUGAUCUAUCGAGACUAACAAAUAUAAAGAAAUUGCGACUUCGUAACUGUGAGAAACUUAGUGAGAUUCGGGGACUUGAAGAGCUGAAAUUCUUAGAAUUUUUGGACAUUUCUGGAUGCAAGUCAGUAGGAAAAUUACCGGACAUUCCGAACUUCCAUUUGCUCGAGUGUGGACAGCCAGAUUAUGAUGGUGGGUUAUGAUGGGUUUUUUUUUUUUU